AUGUUUAACUGGGUGGUGAAAGUGGUUCCCCAACCUCCUGAAGCUGGUGGGACGGACGAUGCUGCCGACGCCUCUGCUGCUAAGCCUCAAAAAAACAGAGACGUGAAGAGUCCUCCACUGACCAACAUAGAGGAGGGAUCAGAAGACAGUCAGGGCCAAACUGGAGUAUUAGGCUGGCUCUCUAACGGGUUCGUCAGCGCCCUGCCGCAGCCUGCUGGCUCGCCUCGACUCACCAGGGCCAACUCCGAAGCCAGGCCGGGAGAAGAUGAAGAAAGGUCUGGAGUGAUCAGCUGGGUCGCUCAGGGUCUGACCAAAGUGCUGCCUCAGCCGGAUGACAAGUACAAAGAGAUCGACAACGCCAACAACGACGAGCACACGGAGGUGUAUGACGUAGCAACAAUGCCAGAUUACGAUCCGCUUCCACACAUCCCUGUGGUGGAGAUGGUGUCGGAGGAUGAGGGGUCGGAAGUAGAGAGUGUACCUGCUCAGUUUCCUCCCAACGUGGUUACCUGGAUAAAGCAGAUGAUCCCUCAGCCGGUGGUGCUGCCCCCUGGUGCCGUACCAGCUGAAACGCCAAACCAGUCCUCCCGCUCCUCUCUGGACAAAAUUCUGUCUCCACCACCUGAAUCUCUCAGUGGGAUCUCACUGGACACUGACAGCAAGUCCUCUGGCGUGGUGGGCUGGUUUGUGACAGGACUGGGUCUGAAGUUGCCUCAACCUGCUGUUCCGCCCAAAGACGAUGCUGGGGGUGCCACUGAAGUCCUACAGAAAGUUUCGUCCAAACUCAAACCUGACAUGGUCCUGGAAGACGUGGAGUCGGACAACGAGGGCCAGCAGAAAUGUGAAACUCGUUCCAAAGCUGCAGCGCCGUCCCCAUCCCCAACUCCACCUUCACCUGCCGUACACCAGCAGCAGGAAGUGGCUCAGCAGACACAGUCCAACUCAGAGGAGCCUCAGAAGUGCAGUGAUGCUGAGGUCGAGCCCAAACCGUCAGAGAGCGAGACAAAAAUGUGUCAGGAAGAUGCUGAGACUCAGACGGGCCGCUGGACGCCGUUUAUUGAAAGCAUCAAAAAGGAGGCUGAAGAUGUUGCUUUGGCUACCAUGGAGGAACGGCUGCUUCAGGAGAGGGUGGAGAUGGCUCGUAUGGCUGAAGAGGUGGCCAGGCAGACCGCUGAGAUGGCCAUUAGACAGAUGGCCAGUGAGGGACAGUCCAUCAAGCUGUCGCUGGGGAGUCAGGAGCUGCUGGAAGAGCCUGAAGCCGAGCUGCCAGUGGGAGCAGAAGAGGAAAGCGAGCUGGAGCCCUGUGAAGUCGCAGAAAAGAACGAGAGCGCCGCUGAGGAGGAGCAGAUUGUGGAGACUGAAGAACCUGACAUCCAGGAACCAGAGCCACAGCCGGCCUCACCCUCUCCACCUCCAAGUCCUGAACCAGUGAAGAAGUCGGAGCCAGAUUCUGCACCAGAACCAGAGACCCAGGAAGCCAGUUCAGAAGCUGUGACCCAGCAGCCGCAGAAAACAGAAGACGGUCAAGCUGCUGCCGCUGACAAGGCUGCUGAAAAAGAGGAGGAAGCUGCUGGGGAUGGCUGUGGUGAGAGCUCCAGCCUCAGCCUCCGUCCAGCUGUCAAUGUGGAGGAUGUCGACUCAGAUCAUGAGAAAGGAAGCGGAGCAGGAGGAGGAAGAGGGGAGGAGACGAUCCUCAACUCCCAGGACCCCAAACUCACAACCCUCACUGUCCCUGUGGCCCCAUCAGGAGGCCGCCAGAGUAAAGGGGAUAAAGAUAGUGGGAGGAACCGUAGGACUAUCUGGACAAAGAUCAAGCGGCUGCAGUCUCAGAGUGAAGAUGAUGAUGAUGAAGGAAGCGUCCCUGUCAGAGCUUGGCCCAGUCAGUCCAGCCUGCACAGCACAGAUGACAUUCUGAAGGAGCGUCCAGCGUCGUCGGCCAGCCAGACCAGCACGGUGGUGAACGAGCGACUUCAGGAGCUCGUCAGGAUGUUUAAGGAGAGAACAGAGAAGGCGAAAGAGAAGCUCAUUGACACAGACAGCUCAGAUGAAGACAGCGUCAUCACCUCUCCUCCUCAGGCCCCAGCUCCUCAGCCUGCUCCGGCAGCUCCUCCACCGGACGGGGACGAGAAAGAGAUGGAAGCAGGUCCAUCAAACGGAGAAGGAGGAGAAAGGAUGGAGAGUGGGGCCGAGGAGGAGCAGUCUAACCACGGCCGCAAGGUGAAAACUCCUCGUUGGAUACAAGCCUGUAUGCACUUCCGCUUCCCUGCCAGCAUCGACCCUUUCACCAACUUAAUGUACGUGCUGUGGAUGUUUCUGGUGUCUCUGGCCUGGAACUGGAACGUGUGGUUCAUCCCGGUCCGCUGGGCCUUCCCCUACCAAACCCCAGACAAUAUUUACUACUGGCUGUUGACCGACUACCUGUGCGACCUCAUCUACAUCCUGGACAUCACCAUUUUUCAGCCUCGCCUGCAGUUUGUGCGAGGAGGGGACAUAGUGUGUGACAAAAAAGACAUGAGAAAGAAUUACAUGAAAACCAGACGCUUCAAGUUUGACGUAGCCAGCCUUGUUCCCCUGGAGCUUUUCUAUUUUAAAACUGGCAUCAACCCUCUGCUUCGCUUACCCAGGCUGCUGAAGAUCAACUCUUUCUUUGAGUUCAACGAGCGUCUCGAGGCCAUCCUGACCAAAGCCUACAUUUACAGGGUGAUACGAACCACCACAUAUCUUCUUUACUGUCUCCACUGCAACGCCUGUCUCUACUACUGGGGCUCCGCUUUCAAAGGCCUGGGAUCGACUAAGUGGGUGUAUAAUGGCGAGGGAAACAGCUACAUCCGCUGUUACUACUUUGCGGUGAAGACCCUGAUCACCAUCGGGGGUCUGCCAGAUCCCACCACCCUGUUUGAGAUCAUCUUCCAACUCAUCAACUACUUUGUUGGAGUUUUUGCCUUCUCCAUUAUGAUUGGACAAAUGCGUGAUGUGGUCGGUGCAGCCACAGCGGGUCAGACCUACUACCGCACCUGCAUGGACAACACUAUUAAAUACAUGUCCUCCUAUCGCAUCCCCAAAGAUGUGCAGAACCGAGUCAAAACCUGGUACAACUACACCUGGCAAUCACAAGGCAUGCUGGAUGAACAGGAGCUGCUGACUCAGCUGCCGGAUAAAAUGCGUCUGGACAUAGCGAUAGAUGUCAACUACUCCAUUGUGAGCAAGGUGCCUCUUUUUCAGGGUUGUGACAGACAGAUGAUUUUUGACAUGCUGAAAAGCCUGCGCUCUGUCGUCUACCUGCCAGGAGAUUACGUCUGCAAAAAGGACGAAGUAGGUCGGGAGAUGUACAUCAUAAAGGCCGGGGAAGUGCAGGUGGUUGGAGGACCGGAUGGGAAGACGGUGUUUGUCACUCUCAGAGCAGGAUCAGUGUUUGGAGAAAUCAGUUUGCUUGCAGUCGGCGGAGGCAACAGGCGCACAGCCAACGUGAUCGCUCACGGCUUCGCCAAUCUAUUCAUCCUGGACAAAAAAGACCUGAACGAGAUCCUGGUGCACUACCCCGAGUCCAAGAAACUGCUCCGCAAGAAAGCCAGGAAGAUGCUUAACAAGGGAAAGAAACCUGAACCCAAAGAAGAGACCAAGGAGGCUCCUCCGGUACCGGCCGCCCCGGUCAGGCCGGAGACUCCCAAACUACUGAGAGCAGCGCUGGAGAUGACUGAGAGAUCUUCUGGACUGAAAGGAGCUCUGGCUAAAGUCAAAGAGAAGACCAACAAGUCCAGUAUCUCACUACAGCCUUCCCUCUCCUCCUCCCUGCCUCCUCCGUCACCCGCCUCCAGCUCCGGACCCGACAGAGACGGGGACACUCCAUCACCCGUCUCUGCGACAUUUCGCUCGGCCUCUCGUUGCCGCAACUCUACGAUGCCUCCGCCUGCGACGCUGAGCCACAGCGACGCCAUCGAAAAGGAGGAUGUCAGCGAGGAUGAAGGGAAUGAGGGUGGAAAGAAGAAAGAAAAGAACCUGCGACUGCUGAUGUUUUUACAAAAACAAACAGACCUAGUGAAGGUGUGGACUAGUUCAGGUUGUACCACCAUCAUCUAUGCUCCUAUCACAGGAUGGAACAAAACCAAAGUGACAAACAACACGACUGACUGA